GGAGGUUCAUAUCAAACAGACGAUAACUUAUUGCAUGUAACGAACUAUCCAUCACCCUACUGCAGCCAAAGUUAAAGCGAACGAGCUGGCGACCGUUAGGAGGCCCUGGGGACCAGUCUACCCUAUUACCCUUCCUUACCUCCCCUACAGCACUAGUAAACUUACUACUGCUCGUCGGAGGGAGGGAGGUAGAGAUGGCUGACGGGAGAGGAUCACAUCCCCUGUCGCUUUUGAAGAGAAAAGAAAAAAAGUCGAUUACUCUACUCUACACCAAAUCCGCAACGGGGGGAAGGGGAGAGGAGAUGCCGAGGUGGAAUAUCCGGCAGGAAUCCUAUGCCCCCCUCCUAUGUAUGCUAUGGUAUGGUAUGGGGGGUGUGGUGGUCUGGAUUGGUAGGGCAGAAAGGAAGAAGGGAGCUAGCUAGCGAGCAUUUUGGGCGGGUAGGUUGUCUAGUUGGGAGCAUAUCUACUUGCCUUGCCUUAGGGAGGUGUACUUAGGGGAGGUACCUACCUAUGUAGCUCUAGCUAUGUUGUAAAGUAUGGGUGAGGGAGUGAGGUAAUUAAUUGUUGUAGCAGGCAUUGGUGUUGGUGUAGUGUAGUUAUUGUUCGGUGGGCAUGUGCGCGUGUGUAGAGGAGAGGUACGGAGUACUGUGUAGUGUAUGUGAUGUGUUGAUGGUAUGGACAGGAGGUCGUAGGGUACUCUGGUGGGUUGAGUGAGUACCUGUAUGUACGGGUGCUCUGUCUGACUUUCUGAGGGUGCUCGGAGGAGGUAACAACAUGGCGGCGUGUUAUUAAACGCCGUGCGUAUGUACCCUUCAUGUAGGUACGGUACGGUACGGGUACGUACUGUACAUGUACGUCCGUUGCCACGCUAUGCAGGGAGUCAAGUCCCUCGUAAUUCGUAACUAG